AGACAAACCAUUCUUCUUCAACAAUACAGAGAUUCACAAAAUCUGUAGAGAUAUAGAGAGAGAGAAGAGAGAGAGAGAAACAAUGUGCUGCAACUCCCAUGGAUUAACACUCUCAAGAAGCGACCCUCGCUUCUCCUACCUCUCCAUCAUUCACUCUCCCCGACCCGACCCACGCCGCGCGCUGUUCUUCCCCGUCCGCCUCCGAGUCCGGACCGGCAGAAUCAAGUCCAAGCUCAACGACGCCGUUUCGGUCGCCGAGCCCAAGUCCUUCUACGACCUUCUGGGCAUAUCCGUGACGGGAUCGCUGCCGGAGAUCAAGCAGGCGUACAAGCAGUUGGCCCGGAAGUACCACCCGGAUGUGUCGCCUCCGGAUCGGGUCGAGGAGUACACGCAGAGGUUCAUCCAGGUCCAGGAGGCUUAUGAGACCCUGUCGGAUCCUAGAAGGAGAGCUUUGUACGAUAGCGAUAUGGCUAAAGGCCUCCACUUUGCCUUCUCCGCUCGUCGACGUUGCCAAAGCGACGAGUAUAUGGAGGAGAAAAGCGAGUGGAAAGGUCGAUGGCAGUCUCAAGUAUCAGAGCUAAAGAGAAGAAGCAUGCAUAAAGACUCCGGUGACAAUCUAUCGUGGGGAGCACGAAUGCGUCGGCAAAGGAACAAUGAAGAAGCAUCAUGAUAGCGCAAUAAGUUCGUAUGUAUACAUGUAGUGUAUAUAUUAAUCUUCCAAAUAGAUAGGAGACACUUUUAGGGUACCUUUUGGUUACAUUUGGUUUGAUCAAGACGAGUUGCAGUACCAACAUAGUUACAACCGUGUACUGCAGUUAGAUUUGCGUUACAGAUCACCUGAUGCCAACCAGCAACAUAGUUGUACAUAGAAUUACAAUAAAUUGAGGUUGCCUUAUAUGCAACUUUAUAUGUUUUUGCUCAAGGAAUCGAAUCGCCUAAGAUGGUUUCACUUG